GCUAACCCUCGCCCUUGUCCCCUUUAUAUUCCCCCCCUCAAUCCGCUCCCACCAUCUCCUUCACCAACAGAGAUGCCAAUUCUCUGGUCUCUGUCCUCGUCUUACCCCUCACCUCCCUCUACCAUACUCUUUCUACAAGUACCUUAACGUAUAUUUUAUCAAGCUGUACCUCUCUUUUUCUCUUCAUCUGUUUCCUCUGUUGCUCGUUCGUUGAUACCUAGAUGCAAAUUCUGCGUUUUGAGUAAUACACAUUUUCGCAAAUUGUUUUCUGGUCAAUACCCGAAUCGUGAUCCUGCAUUUUCUAGAAGGUUUUGGGGGAAGGCCAUUUGAGUUUCCGGUGUGAAUUUGAGGUUGAAUGGGGAUUGAGACAACUCGGGCUGAUCGAAAGGUUAAUAAGGAGUUACGGGAAUUCCCCAAGGCGACAAACACGACUUCGAGAAGCAAGCCGAGGAAGAGCCGGCGACCGCAAAAGAAGACGUCGCCGGUUCAGAAGCUAUUCCAGACUUGCAAGGAAGUAUUUGCCAAUGGUGGUACCGGGACUGUGCCAUCCCAUGAAGACAUUGAACGGCUACGAGCUGUUUUGGAUAAAAUGAAACCGGAGGAUGUUGGCCUCAGUCCCGAUAUGCCGUGUCUCCGGACACAAGGUGCUCGGAGAACACCAGAAAUAACGUACAUUCGGCUCUAUGAGAGUGAGAAAUUCUCGAUGGGGAUCUUUUGCUUGCCGCCAUCUGGUGUUAUACCACUUCAUAAUCACCCCGGAAUGACUGUUUUCAGUAAGCUUCUGUUCGGGACCGUGCACAUUAACUCGUAUGAUUGGGUGGUUGAUGGCCCUAGUUACACAUCCGCUCAGUUGAAUCCUUCAGAAACCACAGCUGCUGCUCGUUUGGCUAAGGUUAAGGUUGACUCCGACUUUACUGCUCCUUGCAACACCUCUAUCCUUUAUCCUGCCGAUGGAGGUAACAUGCAUUGCUUCACGGCGGUGACAGCAUGCGCGGUGUUAGAUGUGCUUGGCCCUCCAUAUUCUGAACCUGAUGGCCGGCAUUGCACAUACUACCGCGAAUUUCCUUUCACCAGUUUCUCAGUUGAUGGGGUAUCAGUGCCUGAGGAAGAGAGGGAAGGUUAUGCAUGGCUUCAAGAGAGGGAGAUCAAACCCGAGGACGUUUCUGUAACUAUAGCAAGGUACAGAGGCCCAGAGAUUGUAGAUAAGUAAUCUCGCCUAUCUACAUCUCUUUCCCCACGUAUGACGUACCCAUAUAUGUUGGCAAAUUUGCAGUAGGCUGAGGCCCGGGAACCUUUGUUUUCGUUUGGUGCCUUGUUCUUUGUUGUUAUUUUUCUCAAUCUCUUUACCAUUUUUUUUCCUCUGUGGGACAUGAGGCACUAGAUACUCUUCUUUCUUUCUUUCUUUUUUUCGCUCGACAGUUUUUGUACAUACUCGGAACAAAAAACAUAGAGGUUUCUCGGAAAUGAGUAUGAAAGUUACUUAGUUAA